CUGAUAUCUUAUAAAUAAAACUAAACUCAACAGCAAAACCUUUCUUUCUUCUUCUUCUUCUUCCCUUCUUUCACUCUCACUCUCUCUUUGCUCACUAGCGACGAUCCCAACUCUCUGCACACCGACUUUACAACAAACUUUAUGAAAUGUUUUUCGUUGACUUGCUUUUACUUGCCGUGCUGACCCUGCUGGCCAUGCAUCCAACUCUUCCAUCUUCGCUUAACAACAGUAACAGUAACAGUAGCAGCAGCAGCAGUAUCAAUAAGGAGCAACAACAGCCACGUCUUAUUCAAGCCGUCGCCAUGGUCCUGUUGGCACUUCGCGUGAUCGUCUUUGUUGCCGUGACAACCGUUGUAGCCAUACUCAACCAGAACGCGUCUUCCAUUCUGCUGGCACCUGCUUCUAUAAUGGGCGACGAUAGCAAGAAUAAUACUGUAGCUGCUGAUGCUGUGUCGCCAAACAUGCAGCAGCAAAAGCAAACGCAGGGGCCCGCAUCACUUGCAGCAACAGCAUCAUUGACGAAGACCACAAAUAACAAAAAGUCUGAUUUAAUUGACACUCAUUCCACGACCAAGCCCGCUCCCGUUGAUGAAACACCGACGACGACGACGACGACGACGACGACGAUCCAAACAGCGCGACAAGAAAAGAAGCCCGUUACUGAUACCGUUGCAAAGAAAGAAGGCGUCAAGGUGCCCGAGCCAGAAAACCAUGCUGUCGCUGCCGCUGCUGCUGCAGCAGCAGUAGUUGAAACGCCAGAAUCACAUAAGCAGCUAACAGAGGAACCAAUCACCACGCCAUCACCAACAACAGCAAUGGCAGUGUCUGAGGAGAACAAAGAGAACCGUGGCCAAGUUCCAUCCUCUGUCAGCAUUGAGAGCAAGAACAGAGACAAUGAUACAGCUUCGGCAAUCAAACAAGAAAAGGAAACGCCCAUUGUCGUAGCUGCAGUUGUGGAAAAGAAUGACAGUGCGCCUCCUUCAGAACCUGGGACUAGUACCAAAAAAAGCGCAUCCGUGCAUAGCAAGAGCAGCAGCCACAUCGAUAACAGCAGCGAAGAGCACAACUCUGACGAUACGGCGCUCACAUCUGAUGCCAGUGAGACCUCCCUUCAGCCUCCUUCUUUACCUCGUCUGUCACAGCAGCAGGAGGAGCAAGAGCACAAAGGAAAGGGCGUGGACACACAAGAACAACAGCAGAACCAACCACAGGUACAAGAACAACCACAGCAGCAGGAACUCGAGAAGCAGCCAUCGACGACCACAUUGGAGGAAGACAACGUACCUGCAACCACAGCCUCCUCUGUGCAUACCACCACCAGCACUUCACAAAGCAGCAGUCUUUUGGCCCGUAUGGCAGGCAAGAACAAGAACACUGCUACUACGAAACAGAGCGGCAGUAAUGAGCUUUCGCCACAACAGCCAAGUGAAAGCACAUCCUCACGCAAAAAUGGGAUCAUCCUGCCUAUCCGCACGUCAAGCUUAGGUAUCGGUAGCAAGCGAAGCAAUGGCAGCAUCCGCCAAGACAACAACAAAAAAAAUCAUGGCGAUGAUGCUACUACUCCUGUUGUGCAUAAAACCUUGAGCAUGCGCUUACCAAAACGAGCCGCAAGCAUUCUCUCAAGUCAUCACGACGAAACAAACAAGACCAGCAACAACAAUAACAACGCGACGCCACGCCACUUCUUUACAUUGGGAAGACGAAGCAAAGUACCUGGAACACCACCACCACCACCACCCAAAAGCCAGCAACAAGCACAAGGUGAUUCCAGCAACGACAAGAGCACUACUUCCUCGUUAUCGUUGAAGAAAAAGACGCGUAAACGCAUUUCUGCACUUUUCCAUUAAGCUUUUUUUUGUAUACCACCGCCACCUACUCGCAUCUAUCAUCCUAUAGUAUAGCUCUCCUGUUUCUUCUGUUUUCCCCUCUCAUCGCCGAGAUCCUCCCAUCAUCAUCAUAUGCAUAUGGCGCAGGCUAUGAUUCUGCAUUAUCGCCUUCACCAUCAUCAUCAUAUGCAUUGUGUACAUAUAAACAACAUCAUAUACUAUCAAACAUCAUUCUGUUACUAUUAAAAUCAUUGCCAUCCUCAUCAGAGUCAUCAGCCCUCAGCCAUUAAGCAUUAUUUACCAUCUACUAUU